UGCGCCUCUGCUCUACCAGCGUGUCAAUCAUGUACAAUUGUUGUACAGUCGUCUGUCUUAAUCGCACGUAAAUAUUUGCAGACGCAUACCCGGCCGACUAGACGCAGUGUCUUCUGUGUUUUAAAAAACAGCCUUACAACUAAAUUGUCUGUAAAAGUUUCCGCAUUAAACGACAAGAAAUAGAAUAUGAAAUUUGUGAUCAACUAAGUGUAACCGUCGACGGUUGUUAAGCAAACAAAUACAAAUGCAACAAAAUGAAGAUUUGAAAAUGGUGCAAAGAAAGUUUGAACCUUUUACGGUUAAUACGAGUGACAGAGCGAGCAGACAACUUGAGGGCGAGCAAUGCUACCCUCUUUCUCGCUAUGGCGCAGUUAUAGCGACAUUAACGAAGUUGAACUCAACUGCAGUCGAAGUGUCUUGCUUUUGGCGAAACUUUCCGUUGUGACAUGCAUGGUUUCAUUUGCACACACACACCACACCCAGCACACCCUCAAUUUGGUGCAAACAUUUGUCGUAAUAACAAAACAACAAACAAAUUAAAACGCAGGCUUGAAAAAAUCUUUAAACCGCGCGCGAAACGAAGUAUAGAUAACCAAGUUAUGUAUUUUUUUGUAUGUCAAGUAUAACCGUUAAAACCGAAAUUAAAAUUUUACUCAAACUUUAAAAAAAUAAGAAAAAACGUUAAACUCGGUUGCACCUAAGCAAGAAUACCCUUCACAAAAAAUAAGUUCCCUUUCAAGAACUUGAUUUUGAUCGUUUAGUUUGUAUGGUAGCUAUAUGGUAUAGUGGUCCGAUAUCGGCGGUUCCGACAAAUGAGUGUGGUGAUAUUUCAGAGCGGUAUCUCAAAAACUGACGGACAGACAAGCGAACAUCAAUAUGCUAAAUCAACUCAGCUCAUCACACUGAUCAUUUAUAUAUAUAUUUUAUAGGGUCUUAGUCGUUUCCUACCGGGUGUUACAAACUUCGUGACAACUUAAUAUAGCCUGUUCAAGGUAUACAAAUUUCAAUCAUAAUUCAAAAUUGUCUUUAAUCAAUUCCAGCAUAGUAACACCAGUUUGUUCCUCCAAAAAGUGUCCAGAUGUACGGAGCCUAUCGGCGCACAAGAUAUUAGCAGCUAAGUAAAGAAUGACACACGAUAGAAAAAUGCUUGAUCGAGAAGCCGUACGCUCUGUCAUCCAGCAAUGGAAUGCGAAUCGUUUGGACCUGUUCGCUUUAUCCGAACCUGACGAGAAUCUAUUAUUUCAUGGCGUUAUGCGUUUUUAUUUUCAAGAUGCUGGACAAAAAGUGGCUACUAAGUGUAUUCGCGUUGCCUCUGAUGCAACAGUCUCAGAUGUUAUUGAUACCCUUAUCGAGAAAUUCCGUCCCGAUAUGCGUAUGCUCUCAGUGCCAAAUUACGCUCUCUAUGAGGUGCAUGCAAAUGGCGAAGAGCGACGUUUGAACCCUGACGAAAAACCAUUGCUUGUACAGUUAAAUUGGCAUAUUGAUGAUCGUGAGGGUCGGUUCUUGUUAAAAAACAUCGACCAAAAAACUACGCCAAUCGAACAGUCAGAUAUGAACUUUAAGCGGAAACUAUCCAAACGCGAAAAGAAAGAACAAAAAAAGAAAGAAAAACUGGCAAAGUUAAACUCUGAAUCGACAGCUGGCGGCUUUAACGGUGGCAUGGUCAACGGCGGAAUAGAGGGUGAAACCCAGGUGGCGGGCAAACUUUAUACUGAACUGCCGGAGACAUCUUUUACGCGCUCAAUUUCGAAUCCCGAAGCUGUUAUGCGUCGACGACGACAACAGAAACUUGAAAAGAAAUUGCAACAGUUCCGUUCGCGCGACGGCGGACCUGACACUGGCGGCACACUGAAGAUUUAUGGCGAGAGUCUAUGCCAAGAUGUCCCAUACAAAACAUUGCUGCUAUCAAUACGCGACUGUGCGCAAGCAGUCGUCAGGGAAAUGCUGUCGAAAUAUGGUUUGGACAAAGCUGAUCCGUUACACUAUUGUUUGGUGCAGGUGAACAGUGAUGGCACAGAAUAUAUACUGGACGAUGAUGAGUGUCCGCUAUCGAUACUGAUGAAUCACCCAACAUCGCGAGGUUCUAUUAUGUUCCACGUGAGGCGGCGUCCGGCGGACUCUCAACCACGUCGGCGCAAGAAGAAACCGCUAGGUGCUUCAAAUGGCGCCAACAGUAUAUCCAGCGAUCGAGAGGGUGCAGUCCUGGUGGAAGUAACACAUAGCGGGGAUGGAGGACGCCGCAUUAAAUUAGGCAGUGACCCAAUCGAGGUUGGUUCUGCAAACACGAACUCGUUGCAGCUAUUUGGGCCAUCGAUACAAGCUCGCCAUUGUCUGAUUUCACUGUUGGAAGGUGUUUGCACAGUGACGCCAUUGCACACCGAUGCACUAACCUUUGUCAAUGGGCACCACAUAACGCAACCCACAAUUUUGCAUAACGGCUCUGUCGUAAUGUUUGGACGCGUGGCCUCAUAUAGAUUUGUGGAUUCACCAACCGAUGGACGCUACAACCUCGCUUUGUCACAAUCACAGCUGGACUCAGCCUGUCUUUACGAAAGUCGCUCACCAACUUCGCCUGGCUCCUGGAACGAUGAAGACGGCGCUUUAAACUCAGCAAGCAAGAACGAAAGUGGUGGCACCAGCAACAAUAGCGGAAAUGGCAGCGGAGGUGGAGGUAUGAGCGUCACAGAGCAGUCGUUGGGUAUACGUGAUCAAGAGGAAAACAAGAUGCGCUCAGCUGACCAUCUCAGUCACGCUGGCAGCGCGGCCUUCGACGGCCAAAGUAUUGAGGGAAACUUGGAAAAUGAAACCAAAUCCAUUUCAAGCUUAAAGUCGGGCGGCUCUAAUAGCCAGGAACGAUCGCCGAAAAUUACCAGUGGUUCGGAAAAUCAAGGCCAGGAGGCAAUUCUGCCCGCAGUCUUGGAAUUUCCUGAAACACAUCAGGAAUUAUUCCUUAGACACAUUAUAAGCGACUUGGAUGUGAAUGCGCCGCAUUUCAAGCUGGCUCCAGUGUACUCUCUGUAUUUAUGUGCCAGGUAUCGCGCAUCAACUCAUUAUCGCCCCGAACUGCAGCCCACAGAACGUGCCCACAAAUUAACAAUAUUUCUGCAUCAUGUUGCCAAUUUGAUUUACAACGUUGUACAAGAACAAUAUUCCGAUCCACGCAUUCUGGCUUUUUGGAUGGCCAAUAGUUCGGAGUUCUUGCAUUUCCUAAAGUCGGAUCGUCAUAUUAGUGCGUUUAGCGUUCAAGCUCAAGAAGUACUCGCCGAGAGCGUGCAAACUGCGUUUCGAAAUUUGGUAAAUUGUUUUCGUUUGGAAUUGUCACAGACCUUGAAUCAGUUUCUCUCGGAAACAAUCGAUCACGACUCGGCUGCGGGACUAGUACUGACUGUACUGGGGUCCGCAAUGGCUUUGCUGCGCCGUUGUCGUGUCAAUGCUGCACUAACGAUUCAACUUUUCAGCCAGCUUUUCCAUUACAUCAACGUGAUUUGCUUUAAUACGAUUGUAGCCAACUCGCACAUGUGCACUGCGGAAUGGGGGAAGGUUAUGUCGGAACGGCUCCAACUUUUGGAGUUAUGGGCUGAACGCCAAGGACUUGAACUGGCGGCCGAUUGUCAUCUGGCAAAGAUAAACCAGUGCGCACAGUUUCUCCAAGCCCCCAAAUCGUCUGUCGAGGAGAUACAGCAGCUGGCUUGUUCCUGCUUCCGUUUGAACUCUUUGCAAAUGUCCGCAUUGCUGCAGCAAGAGAAGAUACCACGAAAUUUAGUGGACACUGCAAUAAGAAUGGCCGAGUCGGUGGCGGACGAGCUUACUCGUUCGGAUGGUCGGGAGGUGCGUUUGGAAGAAUCACCAGAAUUGCAUUUAGCUUUGCUGUUACCCGAUGAUGGCUUUAGUUGUGAUGUUGUACGUGGUAUUCCGUCCGGUUUAGUGGAUUUUUUAAAUCCAUUACAACAGCAAGGCAUGUGCCGGUUGGCUGCGCAGCCAACUUCAAUUGGUUUGUGGACUGUCUACAUGCACCAAUUUAAUGCCCGUUCUUCAAGCGCCAUGUCUAAUAAAUUGCCGCAACCUGAGGUUCAGGUAAUAAAGCUGCACAAGAACGCCAACGGCAUGGGUUUAUCAAUAGUCGCAGCAAAAGGCGCAGGCCAGGAGCGUUUAGGCAUAUAUAUCAAGAGUGUGGUGCCUGGCGGUGCGGCAGAUGCCGACGGUCGUUUGCAAGCUGGGGAUCAGCUCUUACGCGUUGACGGCCAGAGCCUGAUAGGCAUAACUCAAGAGAAAGCGGCUGACUACCUGGUUCGCACUGGUCCUAUAGUCACUUUGGAGGUAGCCAAACAAGGAGCCAUUUAUCACGGCUUAGCCACUUUACUACAACAACCAAGCCCGGUCAUAGCGCGCGGUAACCGCCGCAUGUCUGAACGUGACCUUUCAAGAAUGGGCGUAACUGAUUCCAAAAAUGUUGGCCCUCUCAUACCUAAUAACCAUUUAUCAAAUAGUAAAUCAGUACCAGCACUACACCAUCACACCGGAAGUGGUACUAUUUCCAUGAAUGCUUCGAAAUCACGCAGCACCCACAGCCUCAUUACCAAUCCCAAUACCAACAGCAAUCUCACUGGCGGCGUCAACAGUCUAAACAACAACGAGCAGGGCUUCUAUCAGAACUUAAGCGUUUACCGUGCCCAAAAUCAAAGUCAACCGAUUUUAGCCGAAAGACCGUCAAUGUCGCUUCAUUCCGCAAUGAGCACACACAAUGGAAACUCCUCCAACAACGGACCAAAUCCAAUACUGUCACCAACAAAUGGAACCGCAUCAAUGCACCACCCAGCAUUUACAUCGCAACAACAACAGCAACUGCAUCACUUAUCAAUAACUUCCCCAACAGGGUCUAACAACAUGCCACCUUCCCGUCCAGCAUCCGCAUAUUAUCACAAUGCCAACACAGUGCCAUCAACAAACAACAAUCAACUGCAACAGAGCUUGGCAGCACAACAGCAACAGCAAUUUAUGCAGCACACACACAACAUAAGUGCAAGCAGCAGCAAUUUAAAUAGUGGUAACAUGACAGCGGCCACCCUUCAGCAGUACCAGCAGCAGCAGCAGCAACAACUACAACAACAACAGCAUUUAUCACAAAUGGCGCCACACUCCUCAUUGACGAUGGGAAACCGAUCGAGAAGCACACAAAAUUUCAAUCGGGAUAUGCAAAAUCAGCAUAGUCUGCGUAUGCAACAAAUGAUGGCACCGUCAAUGCCAAACAUUAGUGGUUUAUACCAGCAACAACACAUGUCAGCCAGUCAGAGCAUGCAAAAUGUAAAUAUGAGCGGAGUGGAAACGGGUAUGGCGUAUCAAAAUGGGGCCGGAGCUGAUACUUAUAUGCAACAACCGCAUCAACAACAACAACAGCAGCACUCGCCAGCUGGUCAAACACUUCGUCGCAACCCACGGCACGAGUUAAUGUCGCAGUCAGGCGUUGAAAUUGCGCAACAUUCGUCCAACCCAAUGCAACAGCAAAACUUUGUAUCGCUGCCGCCGAAACCGGGUAGCAUACAGCAAGUGUCCCCGAUGAAGCAACAGCAGCAGGCCCAACAACUGCCUCCCACAGCACCGAAACCACACCCAAAUCGCUUACAACAGCAACAAUACAUGCAGCACCAACUACAACAACAACAGCAACAAGCACAUCAGCAACACCCUCCGAUGUAUCAGCAGAGCCUUGAGGAUAAACCUCCACUGCCGCCAACAGCUACACAUCCACUUUUCAAACCCACGCAGCAAAUAACACCGGGCAUGAAUUACGUCGCCAGCUCCAUAGAUCCACCCAAAGGUGGUUAUGUGCCAGUGUCGUCGACAGUAGCGGCACAAAACCAAAAAAAUUUCAUCGGUACCAAUCCGUGGGAACGUGAGGAGCGCGAAAAGGAGGUUGAAAUUCGACGGGAGCAUAUACGUCAGUGGCGAGAGCAACAAAUAGCCGAACUUUCGUCCUUGCCACAAAGAACACCGCAACAAGAAGAACAGUUGAAGACAUCAAUUCUGGAACGUGAUUUUGAAAGACGCGCACAGGAGGUGGAAGAGCAUGAAGAUGAAUCUGAAACCUCGUAUGAAAAAGAAAAUAUACAGGAAGGUUACCGCCUACAAACAAGCUCUUUACAAAAUCCGCUGACGAAUUUCAGACAAACAGAUAUAAAAAAUACAACCCUUUCCGACAAUGUAGGAGGAGGUUCUAACAGCGCCUCCGGAUCUUUGGACGCAUCGCCAUUGUCAUCAGCGCGCAAUUCAGCAGCUGGCGGAUCUGAUUUAGCACCGGUUCCACAACAACAACAGCCACCACCUCUGCCGAACAAUCCACCGCCACCGGUUGGAGCCAAUGCGACAACUGUGGUGCAACCUAAAAGCAUUCUGAAGAACAACCGUUAUGAUAGCGGUAGCGGUACGGCACCAUCAUCGCCAUCUAAAUCGCAAAAAUCAACGAGUUUUGCAGAUGAUAGACAUUUGCAAACUGAACACCCCAUUUCAAGUUUGGCCAAGGACCUUUCGCAAUUGUCAAUAAAUAGCCUAGGCUCCACUGGCGGCCUCGCAUCCACCACGGGUACUGGUACCUCUCCACCGCAUAAUGCCAGUGUAGACAAUUCAGCAGUUCCACCGCCUCCACCACCUGAACGCAACAGCUCGUAUCUUAUAAUGUCACAACAAAAAUUGCGCAACUCUUCCAUCGGACUUCUAAAGACCGCUACAAGCAAUUCCGCUGAUUUGCUCAAUCAGAAUCAGAAUCAAAGCUUGGUGAAGAAAGCUAAUAUGCUGAAUAACAAUGCUAUCAUAAAUAAUAACAAUAACAACAACAACAACAUCUUGAAUACGCCCACAUCAGCAGCAGCGGCGGUGAACAGCAACAAUAUGACACAAAUGUCCACGCCGGAACUGUCGCCAUCUGGCUACCUGAGCAGCAGCAGUAGUAGCAAUAUGUUGUUGCGGGAUAACAAACGCGUUUCAUUUCAUGACGAGGAGAACAACUACAUGGGAGGCUCACAGUUGUAUGCAGCAAGCGGCACAGGGUCGUCUGCCGAUAUGUACGCCGCAAAUGUCGACAACCAAAUGCCUCUAGAUCUGGAUGCCAUACUCGAGGAUAGAAACCAUCGCGCGCGUAUGUUCGACAACACAGUCUUAGAAACAAUGCCAACUUCACCGGAUUCUGUUCUCUGGAAUACAACAGUGCAAUCCACUCCCGGUGUUAUUGGCGCACAAGAAGUGUACAGGGACCCCCGCCAACGACGACUUGCCGAGAAACAGCAACAACAGCAGCAACGCAAUACCGAAGCUGUCCCAGAGAAAUUGUCGUUCAAAGAGAAAAUGAAAAUGUUUGCCUUAGAAUCGGGAGAGGACAACACGCCUAAAGACAAACUGAAAAUCUCGCGAGCACAAAGAGACAUCGAUGCUGUACACUGACUAACAAGCUCCAAACACCUUCCAUACACCAACAAAUGUACACAACACUAGAAUAUGCUUAAGUAAAAGAAAACUAAAAAUAACAAUAAAAAAAAACGAAUUUGCUAAGCAAGGCAAUAAUUUAUAAUAUUAUGUAAUAAAUAAAAACAAACGCAGAGUAAAUAUUUAACUGGAGACGAAUGUGAAAUUGAAUUCCUUUUGAAUGAAGAAAGAAACAGAAUGUUUAUUUAGUUUUAGUUGUUUACCUUGUACACAACAAACAUUUAGUAGUGCAUACGUAUAUAAUAAGAAAUUAUAAUUAUUAUUGUGCAUUAAGUGAAAUGUAAAGUAUUUUAAUUGCAUAGUGGAUACUAAGAAAACGUUAUUUCAAUAAUUUUCCGUAUGCGUAGUUUAUUAUCGAUAAAGUAUGAAAUGAAAAAUGAAUUCACCUACAAAGUUUUAUUGAAAAUAGGCAAUAUCCCGUACCACGUACAAAUGUAUAUUCGGUUCGAAACUGAAGCAGUAAACUCAAGCGUACUAUUUUUAUAACUAAAUUUAUUAAAAGAAAUCAUUGUCUUAUUAUACACCGUACAUCAAGCUUGCGUAAAUGUGAGUAAAAAUACAAACAUAACUCAACAUAUAUUUUAUAUCCAUUAUUGAAAGUGUAUAUUUUCGCAAGCUGAAAAACCAGAAAUGAGAAAAUUAGUGUAACUGUAAACGAAUCUUAAACAAAUACAAAAAAGGAACACGAAACGGGUUUCUUUACGAUGAACUAUGGCUUUAAUGAAGAAAUCAUGAAAGAGGGAACUUAUUAUGAAAUUUAUUGAUGUUAAAAAAAACACUUCUAACAACAAAAACAAUAUAUAUAUAUAUACAUAUUUUAGUAAUGAUGUGUAGAAAUCGCUAUGCUAAAUUGUUAUAUUCGAAUAAGUGACUAGAAACACAUAUGAAUUUACGGUAUAUAGAUAAAAUUGACUAUGACGUGCAUUCCAAACUCGUUCCCUGUUCUAAAAAGGAAUAGGUAUAAGGAAUUUUGAAGUCAACUGCAAUGCAAAUCUACUUGAAUAUUUGGUUUAUUGAAAUUAAAAUGUCCAAACCAUUAAUGUAUACAUUUUGUAAUAAGUAUUCCGGUAGUUACACGUAAGCUUGAAAAGUUCAAACAUGAACACUUUAUGUUAAUAACAUUAAAAUAAAUCAAAAUAUAUAAUAUUUCACCUGAAAUUUUAUAAGCCGUUUUUGUAAAAUCUUUGAAUCUCUACUAAUGACUAAAUAUUUUUGACAAUGAUUUGUAAUUACUUUAUUUUAGAAUGCUAUAUAUAAUUGCAUCUCUAUUUACCGACUUUUACUUCCUUAGAAAUUUGAAAUCGCUGCACAACCGAUUUUCGUCUUGGACACAGACUUAGAACUUAAAAAUAAUAUAUGCGAUAAGGUAUUGAUUCUGUUAAGAACUAAUACUAACAGAAGAAUGCUGCAAAUAAUCGUUGUUUGUGUAGACGAGGUAUUUUUUUUUUUUUUAAUUUGAUUGCUGCUGAAAACUACGUUUCAUAAGGCUUGAAAACUGCAAAAUGGAUCCAAAGUGACAGUCAGUCAGUACAUUAAUAUAUUAAUUUGUUUUCAUUUUAUAUCCUCGCAAGAAAUAUUUCAACUACUUUUUAUAUUCGCUUUGAUAUUUCAUACACUACUACUAGGAAACAAAUUCAAAACUUUCAAAAAAAAAGUGGUACAACAAGAAGACCGUAAAAUGCUUUAAUCUUUAAAUAUAGAAAAAUUUAGUGUUUUGAAAAUUUUACAUAACCUUAGAAUUAAGUAAAAAUAUGAUACUUAUGUAUGUACAGAAUAUAACUAGUUGGAGUGGUACUAAACGUACUACUGUUUCUAUUCCUAAACACUAAACGUUUGUGUAUGUUUAAAACUCGGGAAUGUUUUAAUAAAAAAGGAGAGAAUUUAUUAAAAGAAAAAACUAAAAUUGACAAAAGUUAGACAUUAACCAAAAUCUCAAAAUUCUGAAUUGGCAUAUACAUAUACUUGUAUAUAUAUGUAUGUAUGUACAUAUUUAUUAAAAACUGCACCGCAAAUCGUUAACAGUUACACAAGUAAAAAACAAAAACAUCUAACAAAGCAGGGGAAACGUAAAUGGUUAUAUUUAAUUAACCGACUUGAAGAUGUAAAGAGAGAAAGUUGUUGAACUCGCUGAUAUGAAAUUAAUUGGCUUUAAUUAAUGUGUCGAAGAUAAUAUUGCAAUAACAGUAGUAUGUAGUAAAUGUGUCUUUAUCUUUUUUGAACUGUAGUAGAAACAUACAAAACUGAAGUAUCUUGAAAAACUAAUUAUUAACACUAUGCACAUUGUUAAGAAAAAUAUCCUGGAAUAAAGUGUUCUAGCUUAAUUUUAAAGGCAUAACUAACAACUUAAAUGUUUUCUUACUAACCUAUACACUCUUAAUAAUUAUUUUAAUUAAACUAAUUAUAACUAAACUAAAAAACUAAUAUUCAUAUAAAUUUGGCUACAAAAAGGGGAGCUUAAGCCACUGGAAAAAAGUUGCUAUGCACCAUUUGUUUUCACCACCAAUAAAGCACCAAACUUCAAAUUACUAAA